UUGAGUCGAUCGGAGUGGAAAUGAGCAACGAGCUGCUCGGCUGGCCGCAGCUUGUGUUUCUGCUUUCAGUUUCAUUUGAGACGUUGUCGCGAUCGCCAGCUAAAAAACACACCAGCUGCCAAACUGAGGCGGCCAGGCAAAAAUCCAAAAGCCAACCACUACAAGUCGCGCAUGAAAAAUAUAUUUUAAACGGGUUAAUCCAAUACACAGCCGAAAAUCGAACGCUCUUAAUUUUAUACGUCGUUUUUUUUCUGCUUCGGUCGCUUGCAAUUUGACGAGCGUAAAUUUCAGCUGCAAGUGAAUUUCUGUGUGCUGUGGAGUUUUGUUGUUGUCGCGAUUUGCAUAAUCUGCCAAGUUAAUAAACAAUGCGAAGAAGUGGGCAAAACUCAUAAAUAAAGUGCACCGCUUAAGGUGUAAUUAAAAUUCAUUGAGAUUUUGUUCGGGCUCUAAGGAGAAAACAAGUUUGUUGCCUAAGUUAUUUGUUUUGAAUUCCAAAAAUUUACAAAACAUUUAAUAAGUAUUAAAAAAAACUUGAAAGCUGACUUGAUCUCCGGCCACGUCGACAAGAAGUUCCCAUAAAAGACUUUGAUGGUGACAAGUGAAGAUUGCUAGAGGCGCCAAUUCAACAAAAUGAUUUUGAGAACGCAGUUAUGGUUGGGUGUGCUCCUGGUGACACUGCUGAUUAGUACCUCAGUUUCUGGGGAGGAUGAAGAUUAUGGCGGUGAAAUGGGCGGUGAAGUGGGUCCCAAUGACGAUGUCUUCGAUCCGGCACAAUUGGAAGCCGAGGUGGAAUCGGAGAUGCAGCAGCAUCGCAACAGUUUGGAGGAGGACCAAACCGAAACUGCACAUGCCAUGGAGCCAGAAAUGAGCACAAUGAGGCCAUUGGAAAGUAGGAUUAACACCAUGGCUCCGUACUCCGAGGAAACCUCAGGCGCCGAAAUGGAAGAUGCUCCGACGCAGAAACGAGUGACAAAGGUGGAGAAGCCUUCGCGGGAUUACUACUACGAAGACGCACCCGAGGAUGAAGUGGUGGCCAGCACAACGGCCAGGGUUGCCACCACCAUGAUUCCCGAAUAUGUUCGCCAGGCCAAGGCGGAGAGAUUCCCCCAGCGAGAUCCAGAGCAAAGUGCAUCCGAUUAUGUGGAGGAAGAGGCCACCAAAUCGGUGGAUGAGCAACCUCCCGCAGAUCAAUCCUAUCAAGUGGAGCAUCUGGAUCCCAUUCCACAGGCUCAAGUUCAGCAGCUGCCUAGCAAGGACAAACCCAAUCAGUUUAAAUACUCCACUGAGGAUGAGUACUACGAUGAGCCGGCGGAAGUCAAGUCAAAUCCCACUACAACCACAACCACAACAGCUCUGCCAAUUCUUAGGGCUCGCUUCGGUGGUUUUCCCUGGGCCACAACUUUAUCACCCACUCCUCAAGCCGACAGUCCUACCAGCUCAACCACAACAACUUCGACCACAACAACGACAACGACAUCAACAACAACAACGAGUCCAAGGAAACAACCUAAGCACAUCCAAGUUAGCGGUGGCCUAAAGCCGGAAUUACUGCCUGCGGAUCAGUUGCGCAACUACAUCAAGGAUGUGUACAUUCGCAUGCCCCUGGCAGUCAUCGUGGAUCCCUCGUCCGCAUCCUUGGAGCAGGCCAAGCGCCUCUACAUCGAUGCUUUGCAGGACAAGAACAUAGACAUCAAGAUUGUCUUGGUAACACUUAAUGGAGCAGGAGCCCCUUCUGCCUUCAGUUUCAACAAUACCCGCGAGUUCAUAGCUGGUUUGAAUAGCACCAAGGAGCACGAGGGCGGCAACUCGUUUGUGGGCGUGCUCCAUGCCGCCGAGCUGGUUCCCUACGACAGUGCCGUUUUCAUAUCGACAGCAGCGAUUCCUCCGCACACGGAACUGGUCCAAGAUGCGGCCAUCACUCUGCUCAAGAAGCGAAUCAGGCUAUUCCUUUUGUGGUACGGAGAGCGAUCGGGUAGCGAGAACGAAACCGAGGACGCUGUGGGCGGCAUUUUGGGCGAGGUGGCCAUCCGAUCCGGUGGCGAGAUCAUCCACAUCGUGAGCACCGAACACGGACAGCACAUUGCUGGCAAUACGCUCACCCUGGUGGCGGAUUCAUAUCAGGGCGUCCAAGAGUUGGAACUGCCGGUGGACACGACUUUGUCCAGUCUCCAUGUGCGCAUCGAUGCGAAUAUGAGACGGGCCACAAUGGAAACGCCGAAUGGUGAGAUCAACUUGAAGAAACUGUCGAAAUUCAGUGGAGUGAACAACACAGAGACUUCGACUCAGCAAGAAUUGGAUGCCUACGUACCACUUAACAAGCUGCGACGCGCGGCAAUUUUUAAAUUGAAACUACAGCCCGAGUUGAAUGAGAAAUAUAAUGUUUUCGUCCGCGCCGAAAGAAAAGCGGAUGUGUUUUUGGGCGACAUCAUCAAACGCAUCGAUAGCUACUACAAAAGUGGACAAACGAAGCCGAAGUCGGCUAAAAUACAGUUUCCCGACAAAGAAAAGGACACCGAGAAACUGGAGGACGAUGUGGACUCGCCAAAAAAUGAAAUUGAAACCUUUUCCGAGAAAGAAGUACAGAGCUCUCCAAGUUUGAAUCAAACUUUAUUAGCAGCCACCACAGGACAACCGAGAAGCACUCUAAAUUCCAUGCUUCUUCAGCGAUGUGGAACUAAAAUUGAGCUUGGAACACAAUCUCAACUCUUAGUGACGGCUGGACAGACAGCCCAACUGCUUUUUGAGGUCACCAACAUGAAAGCGGAGACGGUUUACUCCACCAUUCAGGUUACCGAUGAGCGGCGAUUCCUGGUGCAGCUAAAUCCCACUAGGUUAAACCUUCGGCCAAUGGAAACGGCCAUAGUGCGUCUGACCGUUUUGGUGCCCACAGGAACAGCUCAAGGCACAACAGAUAGAAUAACCUUCACCAAUUAUGGUCGCGAAACAUCCACACUCGCGGUCAAUCUGAAAGUUGUGACCAGCAUAGAUGCUCAGGACUCAACUGGCCCUUCACUGUCCUGGGAGUUUGGCAGCCGCUGUGAUUAUCUGACACCGGAAUCCCUUAAUUGUGGCGAGCGUUUUUGGACACUGGAUGUCACCGCUCAGGACUGGCAGUCGGGCAUGCUGAGAUUGCAGGCCACACCGCCAGAGGGUCUUUUCUAUAGGAACUAUUAUACAGCCGGCAGCACAGAGCCCCUAAAGGCCACCUACAUGGCGUCUUGCUGCGAACCCAAGGUAUCGCUAGUAGCCUUUGAUGCGGCAGGCAAUCAGAGGAGCCUCAUCAUCGAUGUCAGGGAUGUAUACUUGACUGAGGCAGCCAUUGCAGCCAUUUGCCUGGGAGUGAUUUUACUGCUCCUGCUUAUUGCGGCCCUCAUUUGGAGCAUCGUAUGGUGCUGCCGGCGAAGGAAGACAAUACUGGAGCUGCCCACAUAUAGGUCUCACUCCACCAGGAGUAUGGAGUAGAUUGUUGUUAUGUUAUUGUGCCAAACGCUUAAGACGAGUCAAAGAUAACUUGAAAGAGUCUAAUAAAAUAUGCCAUCGAUAAAUGAA